AUGGCGGUCAACAGAAUUCGCGGCGCCUUCGCCGUCCCCCGCAAGGGUGAGACUUUUGAGCUGCGUGCCGGCCUUGUAUCGCAAUAUGCCUACGAACGCAAGGAAGCAAUCCAGAAGACCAUCAUGUCCAUGACCCUGGGCAAGGAUGUGUCCGCCUUGUUCCCCGACGUCCUGAAGAACAUUGCCACGGCCGACCUCGACCAGAAGAAGCUUGUGUACCUGUACCUCAUGAACUAUGCGAAAUCACACCCCGACCUUUGCAUUCUCGCCGUCAACACCUUUGUCCAGGAUUCCGAGGACCCCAACCCCUUGGUCCGCGCUCUCGCCGUGAGGACAAUGGGCUGCAUUCGCGUCGACAAGAUGGUGGAUUACAUGGAGGAGCCGCUGAGGAAGACUCUGCGCGACGAAUCGCCCUACGUCCGCAAGACGGCCGUCAUUUGCGUUGCCAAGCUGUUCGAUCUCAACCCCACCAUGUGCGUCGAGAACGGCUUCUUGGAAACCCUGCAGGAGCUCAUUGGCGACCCCAACCCCAUGGUCGUCGCCAAUUCCGUCACCGCUCUCGUUGAGAUUCACGAGUCCGCCCCCGAAAUGAAUGUUUUCGAAAUCACACCUCAGAGAUUAAAGAAGAUGUUGAUGGCGCUGAACGAGUGUACCGAGUGGGGCCGUGUCACUAUACUAACUGCUCUGGCUGACUACAAGGCUUCGGACGUCAAGGAGGCUGAGCAUAUCUGCGAGAGGGUGUCGCCGCAGUUCCAGCACGUCAACCCCAGCGUCGUCCUUGCCGCCGUCAAGGUCGUCUUCUUGCACAUGAAGUUUAUCGGUCCGGAGCUUGCCAAGUCCUACCUGAAGAAGAUGGCUCCCCCGCUCGUGACCCUCGUGUCCUCCGCACCCGAAGUUCAAUACGUAGCCCUCCGCAACAUCGAUCUCCUUCUCCAGAAGCAGCCCGACAUUCUCAGCAAAGAGAUGCGCGUCUUCUUCUGCAAGUACAACGACCCCCCUUACCUCAAGCUUGAGAAGCUCGAGAUCAUGGUGCGCAUCGCCAACGACAGGAACGUCGACCAAUUGCUCCAGGAAUUGAAGGAAUACGCUACCGAAGUGGACAUGGAUUUCGCCAGGCGAGCUGUCAAGGCCAUUGGCCAGGUUGCCAUCAAGAUUGAGACCGCCACGGAGAACUGCGUCAAUGCCCUCCUCGACCUCAUCAACACCAAGGUGAACUACGUCGUGCAAGAAGCAAUCGUCGUGGUCAAGGACAUCUUCCGGAAAUACCCUGGAUACGAGGGCAUAAUACCCACGCUCUGCCAGUGCAUUGACGACCUAGAUGAACCAAUCGCCAGAGGCUCCCUCAUCUGGAUUGUUGGUGAGUAUGCAGAGAAGAUCAACAACGCAGGAGAAAUCCUCGCAGGCUUCGUCGAUGGAUUCAGCGAAGAAUUCACCCAGACUCAGCUGCAAAUCCUCACAGCCGUCGUCAAGCUUUUCUUGAAGAAGCCUGAUCAGUCGCAAGGCCUGGUCCAGAAGGUUCUCCAGUCGGCAACCGCAGAGUGCGACAACCCUGAUAACGUGGUCCUGUCGGAGAAGCCCCCGAUCACCACGACCAUCCCUUCGUUACCUCCCGCACUCUUGGAUCAGCUCAUUCAAGAGCUGUCGACGCUGGCGUCGGUAUACCACAAGCUCCCCGAGUCGUUCCUCGGCCAAGGACGAUUCGGUGCCGAGGCGAUGCAGAAAGCCGCCAUCGAGGAACAACGCCAGCUCGCGCGCGAGAACCCGAUCGCCGCGGCGGCGGCAGCGGCAGCGGUGUCGGGCAACUCGGGUCCGCCGCCCAGCAAUGUCGAGAACCUGCUCGACAUCGACUUCGACGGUGCGGCGCCGGCUUCGAUGCAAAGCCAGCCGCCUUCAGGAGCGUCCGGUCUGGAGGGGCUGGCAGGAACACCACAGCGCGUGGCAUCGCCAACGUCGGCAGGGCCCGGACCGACCAACAACAUGGACGAUCUCAUGGGCCUGUUUGGCAGCGGCGGAGCGGCGGCGGCACCUGCCAGCGCGGGCACUCCCGGCGCGAAUGGAGCGAACGAUAUCAUGAACGGGUUUGCGACCAUGGACCUAGGUGGAGGAUCGCAGCCGCCGCCACCACAGCAGCAGCAACAACAGCAGAAAUCGAGCAACGACCUCUUGGAUCUGAUCUGA